AUGUCCGAGUUGUCCAUAAGUCAAUACCACUCCUCCUCUGGACUUAGUAGCUGCAAUGUGUUCUUGAGGAUCAAAAAUUACGAUAGCACUUGCUGCAUAAAUACCUGUCCUGCCCAUCUCCCUCCAGUCAGACGGACACUAUGGUGUCCAUUCGACUGGACGGCCUCAUCAGCUGCGUUGCAGGCUGGCACCAGUCCAAAUGUUACCGAAGGGCCUGUUGCCAAUCUUACAGGUCCUUUGGGCAGUGAAGAUUCUAUAUCUGCUCCAGAUGAUUUCCCUGCCAUCGUUGCAGCUCAUUCCCUGACUUCUACUACCAUGGCUCCUGCUCCUGCCCCUGCCCCAGCCAUAGGACAUGUGCAUGAGCCCGUCAUCAUCCUCAUGCUUAAUGACGGGGAAGACUCAUCUGAUGAUGAGGAUCCUGCUAAUGCAGUUAUGUCCCUCGCUGAUAACUCCACCCUUCAGGGUCGUUAUAUUGGGGUCUUCUCAGGAUGGGAUGCUACUGGCCCCAAGGUGCUUGGGGUUUCAUGCGCCAUAUAUCACAAGGCAGAAUCUCUUGAGCUUGGUAUUGGGAUUAUGAAGCGCACCAUAGAACAUGGUGAGGUGGCACAGGUAGUCUAG